GAGCCUUGCCUAGUUUGUUGUAUAACUCACUCACACACACACCCUUUGAAGAGGUCAGAGCUGGUUUUUUUUCGCGCUGUUUUUCUUCCGUAACCAUACAAGAUGACGGAUAUUCCCAAAGACAAACUAGACGAGAUCAACGAUGCUUUUUCAUUAUUCGACGAAAUAGGCGAUGGAAAAUUGGACUACAAAGACAUUCCGAAGCUGUUGCGAUCGAUGAACCUCAACCCAGUGGGUAGCGAUCUCGAAAAGGUGGUUGAAGACUACAAGUCGAAGGAGAGAAUCGACAUCGAAACCUUUCUAGCAAUUUACUCCGAAUUUUUGAAAAAGACGCCCCCAGCAAAGGAAGAUUUCCUCGAAGGAUUAAAAGUGUUUGAUCGUGAAGGACACGGCACGAUUGACUCUGGCAACUUCCGUGCUUUACUGUGCAACAGAGGAGACAGCAAGCUCACUGAAGAAGAGGCUGAUAUCAUCUUGGCUGGACACGAAGACGUAGCCAAAGGCGAGGUAAACUACAACGAACUGAUCGACUUUGUGAUGGCAGGGUAAUUUAAUGUUGGAGAAGAAAAAACGCACGAUCCUUGUAUAAACAUUUUUUCCAUGAACAUAUAUUUUUGUUGGUUCAUCAAUACAGAACAGAGUGACAGAAGAAUCUUACUAUUUCCAACUAGAUUUUUUUAGUUAGCAAUGAUGAACUGACACUUGGGUGACCAAACAAACGAGUCCUAUCUAUUUUUGAUCCUUAAAAUCUUAAUGUAAUGCCUAUUUGAGUGUAUAUUUUGCUCGGAAAAUCGUAGAAUAAAGAAUAAAUCUAUAUUCCUCUUCA